AUGGAAAAAAUUAUUUCCCCUUAUCAAGCUGCUUAUGUUUCAGGAAAGCUCAUUAGUGACAAUACAGUUAUAACUCAAGAAAUCAUACACUCUAUGAAGAAGAAAAGAGGCCAAAUUGGUUGGAUGUGUAUCAAUACUGCUUCUCUAUCAGUUCUCAAUGGCUCUCCAUGUGAAGAUUUUAAUCCAACUAGAGGAAUCAGACAAGGUGACCCACUUUCAACUUUUCUUUUCAUUCUUGCAACGAAACUUUUGUCCGGACAUCUCAUUGCUGCUCAGCAAAACAACAAAAUCAAAGUUAACAAUCUUCUAGAGCUUUUUCAUAAUUUCAGCACACAAUUUGGCCAAGUCAUAAAUUUUGAUAAAUCUGCAGUACAUUUCAGCAAGCAUACCAAACCCGGAGUUGCUGAAUCUCUUAUUUGCACUCUUGGAGUCAAGACUGUGAAUGCAAAAGAAAGAUACUUAGGUUCACCACUUCUUUUGGGUCAUUCUAAGAAAGAGUCUUUUAAAGCCAUCAAGGAGAAUUUUGAAGAUAGGUUAUCCAUAUGGUCUUCAAUUUCUCUACUCAGGCAGAUAGAGCAACAAUGA